AUGGGGUCUGCACUAGACGUUCAUUCCGGUUUCAACGUGCCAUGUGUUGUAAUGUCACCAUCAAGGAAAAAGCUACUUGUCCUGGCUUUAGCACUUUCACGCCAUCUCAAAAUGACACCAAACGUCAUCAAGUUCGGCUUCCUGACCGCCGCCCAAGUCAUUCGCCUUCACAAAGUCUUCAUCGCAAAUGCCCUACCCACUCAGCCGGCUAUGCUGGAAUCAGCGGUGCAAUCACCCAUAAACAUCAAGUACUAUGCGAAUCAACAGAACUUCUCCAAACUCCAGGACAUGCUUUUGCAGCCAAGUCCUGAAAACAAGCUGAUGGAAGAGGGACUGGUUGCGGCGUGUACGAAUAAGUGGACAGCCGAGCAACUCGGGGAGUACUACGAGAAGGUGGCCAGAGAGCUUGACUGGUAG